CUGCAGCUCCUCUUCCCCACUCUCCCUCCCUCGCUCUCUCCCUCUCACACACUUGCUCUCUCACUUACUCGCUCACUCUCUAAUACAUGCAGCUUCCCUUCCCUCACUUCACUGCUCACUCGCUCGCUCUCUCUCGCCCUCUCUCUCUAUCUCUCUCUCUCUCUCUCUCUCAGUCGUCAUUCUGUUGCCGCACGGACACACUCCACACUUUGGUGUGUAUUCUCCGGCUAUUCCCGAAGCUGUUGUCUCUGUACCUCGCGCGGGGCUUGCACCACCGACCGGCGUCUGUUCCGUUUCAGCGUGGGCUCAAACUGUACACAGAGAGCGGGAUAAUGAAAGAGAGGCAUCAAGGAGGAAAGCAGGGUGAGAGAGGGAAUUAAAAGAGGAGUAAAAGCAGCCAAGGAAGAGAGUCUCCUUCUCCUCUCGCGUAAAAGGUGGGAGGACAGUUUGAUUCAGUGAAUAUUUGGAUUAAACUGGCUGCGUCUCUGCUCUCUUGUGUCCCACUGAAGGUGAUGAGCUCCAUAAAUCUCUGAGUGGGAUCCUGACAGACCCGGGAGAACUGCUUUGUGGGUUUCGCCACAUCUGGUUCCAGCCCCCCCACCCCCCGCCUCACCACGCGCCCAUUCCCCAUAACGACCUUCACAAGUUGUUUCAACGUGGCUCAGCUCUCAUCACUGGACUUUAACUCGGGGGCCUGAACCUCACAGAUCGCCAAUGCUAACAAGGGACUGCCUGCUGCUGUUCCUGUGGAUCCUCGUCAACGCAGGCUCAGUCUCUUCUUUGCGUCCACCCUCACCGCCGCUGGGACGGAGCAGGACGGGGAGGGAGCACGCCAGGAGCUUGGUGGGCCCGAUGAGGAAUGGGGCGGCUGGAUUUCAGCGGGUCAAAAGGGGCUGGGUGUGGAACCAGUUCUUUGUACUGGAGGAGUACAUGGGGUCAGACCCGCAGUACGUGGGAAAGCUGCACACUGACCUUGAUAAGGGGGACAGUGUGGUGAAGUACACUCUCUCGGGGGACGGGGCCGGCUCCAUUUUCACAAUUGACCAGACAACAGGGGACAUCCAUGCCUUAAGGAGUCUUGACAGGGAGGAGAAGCCUUACUACACCCUGCGCGCCCAGGCUGUUGACAUGAGCUCCAAUCGGCCGCUCGAGCCCGAAUCUGAAUUUGUAAUCAAGGUUCAAGACAUCAACGACAACGAGCCAAAGUUCCUGGAGGGACCGUACCGGGCCAGCGUCCCCGAGAUGUCACCAGUAGGGACGUAUGUGACACAAGUGACAGCCACAGACGCAGACGACCCCACGUACGGAAACAGUGCGAGGGUGGUGUACAGCAUCCUCCACGGCCAGCCGUACUUCUCUGUCGACCCGAAAACAGGGGUUAUAAGGACAGCCUUGCCCAACAUGGACAGAGAGGUGAAGGAACAGUACCAGGUAUUAAUCCAGGCCAAGGACAUGGGGGGCCAGCUGGGGGGGCUGGCCGGUACCACCACCGUCAACAUCACCCUCAGCGACGUCAACGAUAACCCGCCCCGGUUCUCGAAAAGUUUCUUUCACCUGAGAGUUCCCGAGUCGUCCGCGCUGGGGUCGGCUGUGGGAAGAAUCAAGGCCCACGACCUGGACAUCGGGAGGAACGCCGAGGUGGAGUACACCAUCGUGCCAGGCGAUGGAGGCGCCAUGUUCGACAUCACCACCAACAGCCACAACCAGGAGGGGAUCAUCAUUCUCAAAAAGCCCCUGGACUAUGAAAGCAAGAAGGCGUACACCUUUAAAGUAGAUGCCACCAAUGCUCAUCUGGAUCCGCGAUUCCAGAGCUUUGGGGCCUUCAAAGACACAGCAACCGUGAAGAUUAACGUUUUGGAUGUGGAUGAGCCCCCGGUGUUCAAUAAGCCUUCAUAUGUGAUGGAUGUGCAUGAGGACACACCCGCAGGCACCAUCAUUGGAGCGGUGACGGCACAGGAUUUAGAUGCCAGCAGCAGUCCAGUCAGGUAUUCCAUCGACUGGAAGAGCGACAUGGACAGCUACUUUGACAUCGAUCCAGUGGAGGGGACGAUUUCCACCAACGAGCAGCUUGACAGAGAGAGCAUCGCCCAGCACAACAUCUCCAUCGUGGCCACCAAACUUAAUAGCCCCGUGCUGACCAGUCGAGUCGCCGUCACCGUCCACGUCUUGGACAUCAACGAGUUCCCGCCUGAACUCUCCAGUCCUUACGAGACCUUCGUGUGUGAAAAUGCUAAAAUGGGACAGGUGAUUCAAACCUUUGGUGCAAAAGACCAGGACCUCCCGCCGUCUGGACAACAUUUCUCCUUCAAAUCGCCAAAGGAAGAUUUCAAAAGCAACAAGAAUUUCACCAUCCGAGACUUUGGAAAUAACACGGCUGGAAUCGUAACGAAGCGGAACGGCUUUAGACGGCGUUUACAGGAGAUCUAUUUCCUUCCCGUGCUGAUUGAAGAUAAUGGCUACCCACCCAAGAGCAGCACAGGCACCCUGACCAUCCGCGUGUGUGGGUGCGAAUCUGAUGGAUCCCUGUUGACCUGCAGCGCAGAGGCCAUCUUCCUGCCCGUGGGUCUCAGCACCGGCGCUCUGAUUGCCAUCCUUCUUUGUAUCAUCAUCCUGUUAGUGAUCGUGGUCCUCUACGUGGGCCUGAGGAGGCAGAAGAAAAAGGAAACUCUCAUGUCAUCCAAAGAGGACAUCCGCGAUAACGUCAUCCACUAUGACGACGAAGGAGGCGGCGAGGAGGACACACACGCCUUCGACAUGGGAACGCUUCGCAAUCCCAAGGUCGUCAAAGAGAACCUGUUCCGCAGGGACGUCAAACCCGAGCUGAAGCGAGAUCCCCGGCCGCCCGUCUCUCAGGACAGCGCCGACAUCCGAGAUUUCAUCAACCAGCGCCUGACGGAGCACGACAUGGACAACUCGGCUCCCCCGUACGACUCCCUGGCCACGUACGCUUACGAGGGCGGCGGCUCGGUGGCCGAGUCGCUCAGCUCCAUCGAGUCCCUCGCCGUGGACCUCGAGGAGGACUACGAUUACCUCAACGACUGGGGGCCCCGCUUCAAGACAUUGGCGGGGAUAUUUGGGGAACAGUCAGAAACUCAGUCGGACUCAACAACCACAGAGAACACUCACUGAUGCUAUCCACAGACUUUAAGAGCAAAUAUGUAACGACGGUUCUUUUGGUUGAACACACGCACACGCACACACACACACACACACACACACACACACACACACACACACACACACACACACACACACACACACACACACACACACACACACACACAGAGGUUUCAGCAUUGUUUUCCUCCCAUGUUAUCUGUUUUCAUAUUUUUUCCAGCUCACUGUUUUCUGUUUUUAUUUAACAUGCUCAGUCCCAAAAUUGUAAAAAAAAAACACAAAAAAACGAGGGAACGACGCAGACGAGCAAAACCAACGUUCCAUCAUCUCUCUCUCUCUCGAACGCUGUUUCUUGUCUUACACCUGGUUUCCUCUUCGGGGGGGGGGAACGCAUACACACAGAAAUGUUGUCAUUUCCUACAACAUCCUUAUAAGUGCCUCAAUAUAAUUGUUCUUUCACUUGCUAUUUCAUGCCACAUAUCCAGUGUUGCUCCUUAGAAACCCCCCAUAGGUUAUGAAGCUGAUUGAUUCAGCAGACAGUUCUGUGCUGUGACUGGCCCGGGCAUUACCAAUACCAAUGUCAACCCCAUGGGGGGCGGGGGGGCGAUGAAGUGGCCUGAGUUUGGCCAAAGAUGUUUUGAAUGUUAUUUAUUGUUCUAUUUAUUUAUUGGCCGAUUGAGUUUGAUUAGAUUUUUUUUUUUUGUGUGUGUGUAUUUAUCUAUUUAUCUCUCAGUCAUCAAUCUGUAUUUUUUAUUUUUGGAGACACUCGAGUAAUUUUGUAAUUAAUCAAGGCCCACAUGAAAAUGUAUGUUUCUGUUAUAGGUGGGUCAUGUGAAUAGACUUGUACUAGAGAUGUAAAAAGACUAAUUAGGGCUAAAUACUGCAGUUCAGUCGUGUAAUAAAACACUGUUUUCUUAAAUAAACCACACUUGGACAAAAUGCGGGUUCUGGAUUCACAUGAUUCACAUUAUGGCUGCGUCACAGUUCAGAGGCCAGACUUUGACGAUCUGGAGGACUUUCCCAGUUGUCUCACCAGCUCGUCUCAUCUU